CAGACCUGUGUCGAUGGGGGUGUCGAUGGGGUGUCGUUGGGGGUGAGCUCGACUCGCAGCUUCUCGCUCCGUACAACGCUCAGAGUUUGAGGCUGGAAGAAGGAAGUGACGGAGCGGGCAAAGGAAGGAGCAGCCCACAGUUCCAUCAACACCGCGAACUCCCCUUACCCAGCGCUAGCACUUGUCUGACCAGGAAGCGCAUGGGAGGCCGGCUAGCCUGAGCUGCAGAUGCUUGUCAUCCAUGGAUUUGUGGCGCCCACAACAGCCCGGAAGUCGAACAUGAUGGGUCGCUGGCGGGGCUAGGCCCAACUGGGAAAUGACUGGCCGCCAGGGGCCAUUCCGCGCUCGCGCUAUGCCCGAUGGCGUACUAUCGCAGGGGAGGGGGGGAGGGGGAGGACUGUCCAAGGGGGGAGGGCGUGGGAUCCGCUGCAACUCUGCAGUUCUGCAGUGCUGCAGUGUGGGCGAACGGUUGACGCCGCGAGCUUUCCCGUCCGGGCCCAUUCGCAAGAAUGAUGUUCCAACUUCCCCGGAAUCGUGUGCAGGACAGUACUGUUACUGUACGGGGAGUACUAUAAAUUUACAUUGCAGCGCGCGUGCUCGUCUCGUCCUCGUCCCCGUCCUCGUCCUCAGACUCCGGCGCAGACUCAGGCUCAGUCAGACUCGAGCCGCGAUCAACUGCGCCGUCCUCUGGGUCCCGCCCAGCAGUCAGGUCGUGAUGGUCCGCGCAGGUCUCAGGGCAGGCAGUCCCGCGAGCGCAAGACUUGGGCACGACGCAGUAGUGUCGUGACGGCGCCGGGGCCGGGCGGAGGGCAUUAUUUGACGGCGGACAGAGCUCGCAUUUGUGGGGGUUUUGGGUUGCAGCGGAAAAAGGCCAUCAUC